GAAGGUUUCCUAAACUGUCCUCUUCCUCCUCUCCUCUCCUCUCCUACAGCACCCAAACAGAAUCUUUCAUAAUUCUUCAACUCCUCCCUCAAAACAACAAAUUUCGCUUCUUUUAUUUCGGAACAGAGACAUACAGACAGGCGCACAGGGUAGAGAUAGAUAGAGAGAGAUGCAAGCAGUGAUUGUAAACCCUUCUUACUCUAGGGUUCAACAAUCCCCUGAACCUUCCUGUUCCACUUCUAUAUUCCCCUUCAAGAAUUCAAGCGUUCGUCCAAGGCAGAUUUCCCUCGCAAGAAGUAAUUUCUUGGGGCGGAGCUGUUCGUUUCGUUAUUCUCGUGGUCGAAGAGAUAUUCAAACGCGUGAGAAAGUUGUCAAGGCUGUUGCCACCCCAGAGUCGGUAGUGGAAUUGCCGCUAACUGCAGAAAAUGUUGAGACAGUUUUGGAUGAAGUGCGACCGUAUCUCAUGUCCGAUGGGGGUAAUGUGGCGUUGCAUGAGAUUGAUGGAAAUAUUGUCAGAUUGAAGUUACAAGGAGCAUGUGGGUCAUGCCCAAGUGCUAUGAUGACCAUGAAGAUGGGCAUCGAACGUCGUUUAAUGGAAAAGAUUCCGGAAAUAGUUGCGGUCGAGCCAGUUGAGGACACUGAAACUGGUCUUGAACUGAAUGCCGAAAAUAUAGAAAAGGUUCUGGAGGAAAUAAGGCCAUACCUUGUGGGAACUGGUGGUGGAGGUCUGGAACUAGUUGCAAUUGAGGAACCGAUUGUGAAAAUCCGGAUACUAGGACCAGCUGCUGGGGUCAUAACUGUUCGAGUGGCAGUAACACAAAAGCUGAGAGAGAAAAUCCCAUCAAUUGCUGCCGUGCAACUUCUUGGUUGAAAAUUCCUCAUACCACAACAAAAAGCUACUAAAUCCGCCACAAAGUAUUACAUGAAUUGUUCAGUGGUUAAGAUGUAUUACAUUUUUGUACAGUUAUCAUAUUUUUACUGCAUCAGAUGAAUAAGUGUUAAUUUGCCUUCAAUGGUUCAGUGAUAAAGUCAAUUCUGUAGUCUUACUGUAGUCUUAUUGUUGUAGUAAAGGAAAGAUUGCUGUGUGAAAAUGAGGUUCAUGAAUUCAUUGUUGGACUCGACUCAGGGGUCCACCAGUAUUGGUGAAAUUAUUUUGAUUACCCA